AGUGCUGCUUGUGGCGUGACACUUGCUACUGGCCGAGCGACACUCGGCGCUCACCUCCUAGCUGGUUUACCGACCGUUAGACUGCAAUAAGAUUUUCUUAUUGCAUAUGCUGUACUUCCUCCUUGGCGCCACGUGACCGUCUCCGCCGCCACUCCCUCCUCCAUGGAAUCAGCCAGCAAGGAGCGCAAGCCCUGUCCUAGGGACGAUGCCAACUUGCUCUCUGUGUUGUUCUUCUGGUGGACUCGGGACAUGGUGCGGCAGACAAGGUCCGCUGAGUGGACCGUGGACGACCUGUACAACCCUCGUCGUGGGGACCGCGCCUCGCUGCUGGGGGACCGAUUGCAGGGGGAGUGGGAGCGCCAGGUGGCAUUAGCAGAAGGCAAGAACCGGCCCAGUCUGCACACCGCCAUCUUGAGGACCUUCGCCAAAGACAUCGCCCAGCUGGGAGCGCUCUCUGUCAUUCUGCACUGUGUGCUCAAGCUGCUACAGCCGCUGCUGCUGGGGCGACUGCUACUCUACUUCAAGCCCGGCAGUGACGUAGCUGUGGAAGAGGCGGCCGUGUACUCAGUGGCCCUGCUGCUGGUGUUUCUGACCAGCGCCUUUCUCAACAGCCAGUACACACUCAUGGUGUCCGGCGUGGCAGUUCGCCUGCGUGCGGCUUGCUGUUCGCUCGUCUACAGGAAGGCGUUGAGGCUGAGCCAAGCAGCGCUGACGGACACUGCGACGGGCCGCAUCGUCAACCUGCUGUCGGCGGAUGUAGCGCGCUUCGACAUCCUGGUGAUGGUGUUGCACUGGGCCUGGCUGAGCCCCAUCACAGCAGGACUGUGCAUCUACCUGAUGUGCCGCGAGGGCUCACUCGCUGCGAUGGCCGGCGUGGCCGUCGUGGUCCUCAGCCUGCCGCUGCAAGUGUUGUUCUCGCGACUGACGCUCAUGUUCCGGAGGAACAUGGCGCUCCGGACGGACGAGCGAGUGCGUCUUAUGGAUGAUGUGAUCUGUGGCAUCCGGGUCAUCAAGAUGUACGCAUGGGAGAAGCCCUUCGCCAUGAUCGUGCAUGCUGCUAGGAAGGUCGAGAUGGCAGCGCUAAAGAAGCUCAUGUUCACGCGCACAUUCAUCAUGUCUCUACUGCAUGUGGCCAACCGAGGCUCUACCUUCGCCACCGUGCUGGCCAUGUACUACCUGGACAGUAGCAUCCCCGCUGACAAGGUUUUUCUGUAUAUUUCCCUCUUGACCAUUCUGAGCAAUGCUGUCUGCCUACAAACAACUCUAUCAUGUUUGGCUCUAGUUGAAGGAUAUUUCUCUAUUGGAAGAUUAGAGAGCUUCAUGGUGCAGGAGGAGUUUGCGAUGGUGACGUCACCUGCCACUGAGAGCACCGGGGGGAGUGGCGAGGGAGCGGCGGUGCUGGCGCGGGGUCUCAGCGCUCGCUGGGUCGCGGGCGGCUCCGGAGACGACACGCUCUCCGACAUGGACCUGCACAUCGCCCGGGGCCAGCUGGUGGUCGUCAUCGGCCGUGUGGGCUCGGGCAAGAGCUCCUUGCUGCAGGCCCUGAUGGGCGAGCUGCCCUCCAGAAGCCAGCAGCUCCAGGUGGUCGGCACGCUGUCCUACGCCAGCCAGGACCCCUGGGUGUUCCCUGCCUCACUGCGCCAGAAUGUGCUGUUCUCCCGCCCACACGAUCAGGAGCGCUACUCGGCCGUGCUGCGAGCCUGCGCCCUACAGCCAGACGUACGGCAGCUGCCGUGGGGCGACAGUACGCCCGUGGGUGCGCGCGGAGUGUCGCUGUCCGGUGGCCAGAAGGCGCGCCUCAACCUCGCCAGGGCAGCAUACAGUGAGGCGGACAUAUACCUUCUGGACGACCCUCUGUCUGCGGUGGAUGCCAGUGUGGGUCGACAGCUGUUCCACGAGUGCAUCCUCACGUUCCUGAAGGGGAAAACCCGCGUACUGGUGACCCACCAGCUGCAGUACCUGGAGGAGGCCGACCACGUGGUGCUGAUGAACAACGGACGCAUCGAGUUGCAGGGCUCGUACCAGACGCUCUGCGACAGUGGUGUGGACUUUGGACGGAUGGUGGGCACGGACAAGCACGAUGAGCCCCAGGUCUCCCCUGGCGGGGAUCAGUCGGAGAAGCAGUCGGCCAGAAGACCCUCCCACCUAGCCAUCAAGGCCGGCCCGGAAGCAGUGGACGAGGACUGCGACGGACCCCCGCGGCCGCCGGGAGCUCCAGGAGACACUCGGGAGGACUCGUCCAGGGGGAAGGUGGUCGGCUCGGUAUGGCUCCAGUACCUGAAGUCAGGCCUGGGCUGGUGGGGCGUGCUGGUGCUGGCCUCUGGCUUCCUGAUGCUGCAGAUGGCCCUCUCCGCCUGCGACUACUGGGUGGCCUACUGGGUGAUGGUGGAGGAGACGAGGUUACGGGACAGCUACGAGCUCUCCACUCCGGGCAACAGCACGCAGAGCGCGAGGCUGGAGCUGGCCACACUGCUGUCAGGGGACAACUGCACACGUGUGUACAUCGCGCUGAUUGCCUCCGUGCUGCUGCUGCUGUUCGUGCGCUCCGCCACCUUCGUCGCCACCUCGCUGAGGAAUGCAGCCGCCAUGCACGACGCCAUGUUCCGCAGCAUCAUGCAUGCCCGCAUACGCUUCUUCGACGUCAACCCUCCAGGUAGAAUAAUAAAUAGAUUUUCGAAAGAUCUCAGCAGCAUCGAUGAAACCUUGCAGAAGUCAUUCUUCGAUGCUUCUCAGAUGCUGCUCUCGCUCUUGGGCAACGCGAUUGUGAUCACGGUGCUCAACCAGAUAUCGCUGGCCGCUCUGUCUGUGCUGCUGCUGCUGUCCGUGUUCGUGCGCAACUACUUCCUCAAGACAACCAACAACAUGAAAAUGCUGGAUGGGAUAUCCAAGAGUCCAGUCUUCAGCCACAUGCACAGCUCUCUGCAGGGCCUUGCUUGCAUUCGCGCCUCCGGAGCCCAGCCGGUCUUGUGUCAGCAGUUUGACAGUCAUCAGGAUGUGCACACGUCGGCCUCCUACUGCUACGGCUCCGUCACGUCUGCGUUCUCCUUCCUGCUGGACCUGCUGUACGUCAGCUACACGGCCAGUCUGCUGGCCGCCUUCCUGCUGGAGGACGGCACGAAGGGAAGCGAGGCGGGCCUCAUCAUCUCGCAGCUGAUCGCCACGUCGGUGCACCUGCAGUGGGGCGUGCAGCAGUCGGCCGAGCUCAGCAACAACAUGACGAGCGUGGAGCGCGCGCUCGAGUACUCCCAGCUGCCGGCCGAGCCCAACCACCACUCCGGCAUCAAGCCACCGGAUGACUGGCCCAGCGAAGGCAAGAUUGAGUUCGAGCAUGUUUACUUCAAGUAUGCGGAAUCCACAUCGCAUGUUCUCAUUGAUAUCAACGCAACAGUUAAUCCAAAGGAGAAGGUGGGCAUCGUGGGGCGCACGGGCGCCGGCAAGUCUUCCCUCGUCUCGGCGCUGCUGCGCACGGCUCUGGUCGAGGGCUCCAUCAGGAUCGACGGCCUGGACACCAAGGACGUGAACCUGUGCGAGCUGCGAGGCCGCCUGUCCGUCAUCCCGCAGGACCCGGUGCUGUUCCGGGGCACGCUGCGCUCCAACCUGGACCCCUUCGCGCGCUUCCCCGACGAUCAGCUGUGGGCCGUUCUGCGUCAGGUGGGGCUGCAGGACGCCAGUGACGAGGUGCUGGGGCUGGAGACCCGGGUUCACGAGGGAGGCGGCAACCUGAGCGUUGGCCAGCGCCAGCUCGUGUGUCUGGCUCGAGCCAUCCUGCGCGGCUCCAGUGUGCUGCUCCUGGACGAGGCCACGGCCAAUGUCGACACACGCACGGACAAGAUCCUGCAGACGGCGAUCCGGGAGCAGUUUGCGAAGUGCACGGUGCUGACUGUGGCCCACCGCCUCAACACCAUCAUGGACUGUGACCGGCUGAUGGUGAUAAAUGCAGGGCGGCUGGUGGAGUGGGGCGAGCCCCAUGUGCUGCUCCAGAACAAGGCGGGCCUCUUCCACCAGAUGGUGAAGCACAUGGGCAGCACCAUGGCCGAGCAGCUGAGCCGCACGGCCGAGCAGAAGUAUACCUCCAGACCUGCCGAGUCCACACGACUCUGACACCACAGCAACGGACACAGGUGGCCCAACCGCCAGGAAGGAGUUCGCCACAGGUCCAAGGACAUUCUGCUGCAUCUCAGGAGAAACGGAGACCUUCCCACGCUUCCGAAGAGCGACGGUUACGUCACUUGCUUUCACAGUUUGCUGCCCAGUGCCUGCGGCUGGCACCCUCCGUCAUCAGCCAAACACAAACAAUAUGUACCGUUGAUGUUAUAGUAUCUGUAAUUUAUUGUUUCAAAGAAAUUUUGUUGAUUUGUAUUUAUCGCUACGAAAAGUUUAUACAUGACAAGAACAAAAUUAAAAAAAAAAAUAAA